CUUUUAGAUCUGCCAGCGUGCAGUCUGAUUUGUGUGCAUGUCGUUUCACUCUCUCUCUCCUCUCUUAAUGUCGGUUCGCUCAAAAUCGACGACACUCUUAUCAUAAUUAUUAGCCAUCUCAUUAACAUUGUACUUGCCAAGUUAAUGAUCUGCUUCUACUUUGAUCUCUCCCUCCAAAUCCACAAUCUCUUUUAUGUUUUCGAUCAGUAGAGCUCUUACUGAAUCCAUCCCCACUUCAAACUACAACUACUGCUCAAUCACCAGCUAUUGCUAUUCAACACCCAUUUGAGGAAGUGGGUUGUCUUGUCUUCAGAUCUCAAGUUGAGGAGUUGCUUAGUUACAAUGCUGGAUCCAUGUGAGAGACAGGGAUCAGAGUCUGAAGAAAUGAGUAGCAAAUCACUAGAAACCGAGAGCCCACAGAAGAAGACUUGUGCUGAUUGUGGCACUUCAAAGACUCCACUUUGGAGAGGUGGUCCAGCUGGUCCUAAGUCACUGUGUAAUGCUUGUGGGAUUAGGAGCAGGAAGAAGAAGAGGGAUAUAUUAGGGUUGAAUAAGGGAGGGGCAGCAGCAAAUGACAAGAGAGCCAAGAAAGGGAGCACUAACAAUGGCUCAAGUAAUUAUAAUAACAAUAACAAGCAAUUAGGUGAUGGGUUAAAGCAGAGAUUACUGGCUCUGGGUAGAGAAGUCUUGGUUCAAGGAUCAACAGUGGAGAGGCGAAGGAGGAAGCUAGGUGAAGAAGAGCAAGCUGCAGUGUUAUUGAUGGCCCUAUCUUAUGGCUCUGUUUAUGCUUGAGUUGAUAAUUUUUGUGUAGGCGGGGGAGGUUAAUAAGGGGAUCAAGAAUGUGCUAGCUAGCUAACUAAGAAUGUGGGGGUUCGGGUUAAUUUUUUUUAGUAUCAGGUAUUUUUUAGGUGUUUUGGGCUAACUGUACUGGAGAUUUGUAGCAUUGUCGCAAGAGCUCAAAAAAUGUUGAGACUUCAUUCCA